CGAUCAUUUGUCUACGGAACGGCGCCGCGUUAAGUUCGUUAGACGCGAAAAAAAACCCAAGGCAAGCGCUCCCUUGACAGGAAAGCCCUCGAAUCGACUCGAUCCCGCGACAGUGUGUCUGAAAGAAAGCAAAAACUCCGCCAGAGACAGACUCCAAGCCCAAGGCUCACCAGCCAGCCAAGUACUCCGGCAAUUAAGGCCUCUUGUGCGGUGUGUGAGUGUGUCAAGCUGUGAAGAAAGUUCGGAGUGUGCGCGCGGCAUUACGAAACGCCGUUUCCGCCGGCAAAAGCCAAGCCCAGCGAGAGCCCAAUAGUCCACGGAAGCCAUCGAAAUGGGUCACCUGUCCACUUCGGAGCGAGUUUGCAGCAAGACGCCGGUCAUACCGGGCGAUGCUAGUCCUCCGCCGCUCCUGGCCAGGCGCUCCAAGCUCCAGGCCAAUGGCGAUGCCCAGCAGGUGCGUCGCGGUGAGGACUCCUCCCCGGAGCUGCCGCCUCGCCCGAAAUUCGCUCCACCCCGUCAGGACUCUCAGUCCUCGCGCGGCGUCAUACCCAAGGAUAUCGUUGAUCACGUGCCCAAGGAUAAGAUAAAUCUCCAGGAGUAUACCCGCACCUUUGUGGGCGAUCGCGUCUUUGGCAUCCAGUUCAAGGCCCCCCUCAAGUGGGACAAAGUCAUCCAGAUCUCGCUGCUUCAUCUGGCGGCAUUAGUUUGUCUGUUCACCUAUCCGCUGCGCGAGCUCAACAUUUAUACCACCAUAUGGUCAUUCUUCGUUGGCGGCGUGGCCGGUUUUGGAGUUACGGCCGGAGCCCACAGAUUCUGGACCCAUCGCAGCUACAAGGCCAACCCGGUGCUGCGAUCCAUUCUGAUGGUCUGCUACUGUGUGGCCGGACAGAAUACUUUGUACGACUGGGUGCGUGAUCAUCGAGUCCACCACAAGUACUCGGAGACGGAUGCAGAUCCGCAUAAUGCCAACCGUGGCUUCUUCUUUGCCCAUGUGGGCUGGCUGAUGAUGCUCAAGCAUCCGGAUGUGCUACGUCGUGGUCGUCAAAUUGACAUGACCGAUAUUCUGGCUGAUCCCGUGAUACGUUUCCAUCAGAAGUACUUUAUACCAUUGAAGACCUUUUUCUGCUUUAUCCUGCCCACCGUGAUCCCGGUCUACUGCUGGGGUGAGACCUGGGCGCUGGCCUUCAUCCAGCAGUGUCUUUUCCGUUACGUGAGCAGCCUGAACUUUACGUGGUCGGUGAACAGCGCCGCCCACAUGUGGGGAUCCCGUCCAUAUGACAAGCGUAUCAUGCCCAGCGAGAACAUCUACGUCUCCGUGUUGGCCAUGGGUGAGGGUUGGCACAACUAUCACCACGUCUUCCCCUGGGACUACAAAGCAGCUGAGCUGGGCAACUACACCGUCAACUUCACCACCAUGGUGCUGGAUGCCUUCCACAAGCUAGGCUGGGCCUGGAACAUGAAGCAGCCGUCCAAGGAGCUAGUGCGUCGCACUCUCGAAAAGUAUGGCGAUGGAACGCAUGCCUCUCAGGAGGGCAAGGAUGGCAAAGAUCCUGCCCAGGUGGCAGCCACCCAAAUGGUGGGCCACUUCCACUAUGCCGAGGUCCCCGAUCCAGAGCUGGAGUACGAUGCCGAGUCCAGCAGCACGGAGAGCGCCAAGCUGGAUGAGAACGAAAACGAGGGCGAGCGGAUGAAGAAGUCCAAGUCAAAGUGCGCCUAGGGAUCGCAACUGUUAUCGAGGGAGGGAGGGAGGAUCGUCACUUAAUCUUGCAUCUAUGUAUCUGGACAACACCAGAGGGCGGGACAUAGUCGAUAAUCGUUUUUUUAAAUUAAACCUAUACUAUUUCUAUCAUUAUCACUAUCUAUAUCACACAGCACCGCAACGGUUAACACUCAGCAGACACGACACGACACUCACACUCACAGUCAGACACACACUCACUCAUUCCAAUAUCGUCAUUUCUGUAGGUUUAGGUAUUUAGCAGCUUAGCACGGUACGACAUAAGUUUAAGACACACACAAAUUUGAAUAUAAAAACGACCACAAAAUAGGCUCUUCGUCCCACAAAAAAAAAUUCAAAAAACAAAAACGGCGAGACAAAUAAAUAAAAACAAAAUAAAUAUUUACA